UGAUUUAUAAACUUUGUAAAACGCCUUCGAUGGAUUUGAAUACCACACUUUCAAUUGCAGGAAGACAACAAGUGACAGAUGACAAUAUUCAACAAAAUAGACCUGAUGUGACUAAUAAAAAUUCCUGUACAGAGAUGUUAUCUCGUUUACAAAGUAGUGUCACAUUACAUGUUUGAUUUAGUUGGUCGCGGUUUCACAAACGUCUCAAGUUUACGUAAAGAUACCUCAAGGUCCGUUUUCAGGACAGUUGCUGUCACUUUCAGCUGAUAAAGAGCCACGCCGAGGCCGUUGUUCCUAGAGGCCCCUGGAAAGGCCAGGAUGGAUUCCACAAGGUCAAAGCUGAACAUUCAAAGCUUUAUUUCAACAUGGCUUUUCAUCACCUUCAUCGCUUUACUUUGUCUGUGGUGUUGCGAUCGAACUUCUGCAGCACCGAUUUCAGGGACUAUGAACGAUCCAAGCAAGCCAUCCCAAGAACAAAUCAAUCAAGUGGACACCGAAUAUUGUUUCAAAUGGAUGGAAAACUACAAGGUGAAAAAACCUGGACAGGCCGUCAAUUUUACGGACAUGAUUGCAAAAAUUCAGUAUCGGGCUGGACUUAAUGUAACUGGAAAGUUGGAUUAUGAAACGAAGAAGCUUUUUGUGUUACCUCGAUGUGGCGUCUCGGAGAGAGAAGACGAAAACCAAACGGUCGGUUCACUUGAAUCAAGAAGAAGAGUUAAACGCUAUAACAAACAAGGAACAGAAUGGCAGAAAAGGGACCUGACCUACCGUUUCUUGACACCUACGGAAGAUCUUCCUGUUGACGUCCAGAGAGAUAUUCUUAGAAAAAUGAUUAAAAAAUGGGCAGACGUUAGUACACUUACCGUCCGGGAGGAAACUGAUCCAUCAGUGCCUAAUGAUGACGUGGAAAUAUUAAUUUCAUUUGUUUCAGGCUACCAUUUUGAUCCGUACCCCUUUGACGGUCCAGGAGGGACAUUAGCGCAUGCGUAUUACCCACACCACAACAGAGGCUUGUCUGGUGACGCUCAUUUUGAUGACGAUGAAAGGUUUACCACAGGGACACCAGACGGCAUUAACUUGGAUUGGGUGGCAAUUCACGAGUUUGGACAUAGCAUGGGUCUAGGACAUUCCAACGUACGGGAAUCCAUCAUGUACCCGUGGUACAAGGGGUUUUUUCCAAAUAUCGAGCUCACUGAGGAUGAUAUCCUUGGUAUACAGGAUAUUUAUGGAAAACCACCAACCACAAGUCCACCAACCACGACCAGUCCGCCAACAACCACCACCGCCCCAACCACCACAGAAACAACGACAACUAAAGCAACAACUACGGAAAGCACGACGACUACCGAAGCGACGACAACAACCACCUCUCCGACUACCACCGAAGUGACGACAACCACCUCUCCGACUACCACCGAAGCGACGACAACCACCUCUCCGACUACCACCGAAGUGAGGACAACUACCUCUCCGACUACCACCGAAUCGACGACAACAACCUCUCCGACUACCACCGAAGAGACAACAACCAACCCCCCAAUAACUACGGAGGCGACGACGACUAAAGAAACUACGAUUUCCGCGACUAAGCCCACGACACAAACAGUUACAGAGAAACCAACCACCCCUGAUAUACGGCCAGUUCUUGAUCUUUGCAAAGUGACGAAAUUUGACGCUUUCAUGAUGGGCACAGACGGUAGGACAUAUGUGUUUAGCGGAGAAUAUUUUUGGUCGUUAUCUCCUCGCCUCGAAAUUGAUGAGGGUCCAAUAAAGAUCAUAUCAAAAUGGAAGGAGCUCCAGACGCCCAUCAACAGCGUGUAUACUAAUCGUAACAGAAGGACUGUGUUUUUUAAAGGAAGCCUGUACUGGAAGUAUUAUGGUUUCAUACUCGAAGAAGGUCCCAGAGACAUAACUCACUUCGGUCUGCCACCGUCGCUGAGUGACCCUGAUGCAGCAUUUGUUUGGGGAGGCAAUGACAAGACGUAUUUCUUCAAAGGAAAUAACUACUGGCGAUACAACGAGUUCAAAAAGACUCCAGACGAUAAUUAUCCAAGAUCUAUUUCAGUUUGGGGUCUUCCUCAUCAAAUGGAUUCAGCCAUUACAUGGAAAGGAAAUGACAGAACCUACUUCUUCAGAAAUAGCAAGUACUGGAGGCUUGAUGAUGGCAAACUUAAAAUAGACUCUGGAUACCCGCGUAGUAUCGGUCCUGCUUGGAUGCGAUGCAUUGAGAUUUAAACAGGUUGAAAAAAAAAAAAAUUUACAGUGAACUUUUCCCGCACAGCAAGGAAAGAACAACAUACUUGGAAUUUGAUACCAUCGAUCUUAAAAUUUAGAUAAGCUAGGUUAGUUUAAGCUUCGUUAACGCAAGCAAGAAAUUAUUUGCCAUUAGCUUAAUAAAAGAACGCUUGUCGUGACACUUGUCGUGACACUUGUCGUGACACUUGUCGUGACACUUGUCGUGACACUUGUCGUGACACUUGUCGUGACACUUUUCACGCUCGGAAAACUUGCUAGAGUGAAAUUUAUUUUUCCAAACGCUUUGCAAAAUAUAUUUGAUAAGACGUCGUUUGUCAUACUAGUAUAUACAUAAAAUAUCCAUCCUCAGCAAAAAAGUUUUACACUAGACAAGAUUUUAUUUUUAAAAAACUAUGCGUUAAUUUUGUGGAGAACUUGGAUGCCGUUUGAGUGAGUAUUCCGAUCUAGGUUCCAAGCCACUAUGCUGGAUAAAUAUGACCGUGCAAAGCCUGUAGCAAUAAAAAAGUGUACUAGAGUGGGUUUCUUUUGCUACUGGCGUUAUUCGAUCGAUCGACUUUUUAAAGGAAAUCUCAUCUGAAACAACAUUCGAAGGGAUACCCGGAGAUAUUUCCAAAAAACACUUUUGUGAAAGCUACUGUAAAGAAUCAUAUGCAGCAAAAAAGUGCAGCAAUUUAUGUUCUUCAAAAUGAUUGGAAUGCUGUUGAACGUUUUUCACGGCCAGGUCAAAAAAGACCCAACGUUGUCAAAUAUUUAUGUGGGUUGAUAUGUAGCAUUUCCUAACCAAGCAUAUCUUCUAACUUUGGGUAAACUAGUGUAGCAUGCUUUAACUGUUGUAAUUCCUUACAUAGGCAGCUUAAUACAAAGAUUAAGAGUUUUUGUAUCACAGCUAUGGUUUCAAGCUUCAACAAUGUAAAAAUACAAAAAUAAAAAUCUUCAAGUGAA